AUGGCUUUCCACGGUCUUCCAGAUGGUGCCUGCCUCAGAUACCCGGAAAACCUUCCACCGCAUCCAAACCUGACCCAUGAAAUGGCGGCUCAGAUGCUUUUGCGUGCCACAGGUCUCUCGCAAACAGUUCCGUUUCAGUGGGGAUACAUAGACAGACCAGCUGAUGGCUCGCUGUACCUUAUCUGCAUCCUGCCUUCAUAUCCCUUUCCCAGCGACGGAUUACGUUACCAGGAGCAAGAGCAGAGAUACACCAUUCCCAUCGGCAAUGGACGCGAACUUGAAAUGACAGAAGUCAAGUUCGGUUUCGUACCCGGUCACGAGAACGUCGCCUCACGGAUCCGCAGACGGUACCGCUUGGUGAAGGGCGGUAACCCCCAGCUCAUCCUGAUUCACUACUCACGCGGCCAGGCCAUCCCCGUCAUCCCCUCGCUCAACCAGCCCGUCCGUUCCUAUCCUCUCCGAACCAUCAAUGAACCGGCCGUGUUCAUCGCUGGCGAGCGAUCGGGCCAGAAGGUUUUCCCUGGGGGUGGUCCGGGACCCAUGCCAGACAGAAGCGGUUCGAUGCCACCUGGCGCCAUGGGAAUGCCGUUUGGAAACCCGCAGGUGAUGCUCCAGCAGCAGAAUGCCAGCAUGGAAGCUCUCGAAAGACGAAGUCAGAGGGAGCGGGACAGGAGCGGAAGUGUCACUGGCAGGCCACCGCCGCAUCCCCAGCAACAGACUCGCAUCGAAGAAGACGAAGUAGAUGCAAGAUACAGCUCUCAUCCGCCUGAUCUUGCAGAAGACAGCGAGUCAAUAACCAUCCGCGCACUGGCCUUGACUCGGUACCGCCGCAAUCAUGAUUUCAUGAACGAAGUCUUUAUGCACGCUGCAUACGGGAAGCAGCUCGAGCCCAAACCGCAGCCAAAAGGCUACACGAUAUUCGACAAGGACGAGCUCAAUUCCUCAAUAUCGAAGCUCGAAACCGAAGUAGCGGAACUCGAGGCCAAGGCAGCGGCACGUCGGCAGGCGAAGGAGGCAAGCGAGCUCGCAGAUGUCUCUAUGGAGUCUCACGCCUGA